ACACACUUCCUCCUCAGGACUGGGUAGCCACACUAGAUGCAGGCUGGGGACACAGGAGGGCUACAAGUCCAGAAAGGGCCCAGGGCAACACGAUGGCCAGUGGAGGCACUGAACUCAGCACCAGGGUGUCUGCAGAAGAUGAGAACAUAGAAAACAAGCAUAUCAAUGACAUUGCAUUCACAUACUUCAAAAAAUAUAAGGUGGAAAUUUCAGGCGCAAUAACAACAACAUUUCCUUUCCUUGAACUUAUCCGGGACCGUGGAUUCAUCACCAAUGAAAUGUAUGAAAAAUCUCAAGAAUCUUUUAAAAAACGGUUUUCUGUACAUGAAGUCAUAUAUGAUAUUCUCAGUGAACUGGAGAAGAAAUUUGACAUUUCUGUUCUGCGAGCACUAUUCAGCAAGAUCAUCAUGGAUAAAUACCCUAAUUUAUUUCGCAUUUAUAAAAUAUUCUACAAAGUGAUACCAGACAUAAAGUCCUUCCUAGAAAGUGAUAAAGAAGAAAAUGAGGAGAGGCUUAAUAACCAACUAAGCCUGGAACAAGGAACUGGUGGUAAUUCAUAUCAAAGACCGAUAUGGUUAGACCCAGAUGCCACGAAUUACAAUGGUAUAGCCCUACCUGAACAUGGACUCUCAGAGCACUGCUGUGAAACACAAGAGAUAAAUGUGAAUGAAACAAGCACAACCACUGACAACAAUAAUGCACUAGAAAACCAACAAGGAAAUGAAAAAUGUGCUCAAGAGUCUGAGCAGGAAGGUACUGUGGAUUUUGGAAACAACUCCAUUUCAGAAAGAGCCAAGAGGAGAAGAAGGACAAAAAUGCGCACAGAUGAGACUGUGGAUUUUAAGGCUGAAAUACUUCCUGUGACCUGUGGGGAGAUGGUGGGCAUGUUAAUUAAGAGAAAAUUGAAACGAGGAGCCACGGUGAAGUGCAUAAGGAGAGAGGAUGGAAAUUGGUUCACCCCAAGGGAAUUUGAAGUUGCAGGAGGCUAUGAAAAAUCAAGUAACUGGAAGAACAGUGUGUGCUGUGGUGGGAGAACCCUAAAAUGGAUGAUACAGCAAGGAUAUCUACUUAAACCUCCACGUGGUGUGAAGAAAAAGCUGAAAAAAGCAGAGAAAUGCAAGAUCUGUGGGGAUGAAGGAAAGCUCUUCAACUGCAGCUGGUGUUUCAGCUUCUUUCAUGGGGACUUUCACAUCCCACCUGUGGAAUCUAAGAGGAACAAUUGGAAAUGUACCUUCUGCAAAAUAAAAAUGUCUUCACGAAGUCAGCAGCAAGACAGUGAAUCUGAGGUCCUGGCAAGACCGAUGAGGUCUGAAGAGAAGAUGAAAUGUGAAUUCCUACUCCUAAAGGCCUAUUGCCAUUUCGAGGGCAACGUUUUUCCGAAUAUUCCACAUGAAAAUUAUUUUCAAAAGGCUUCUCAAUGCCUAGAGACACUUAGGAGAUUGGAUGAAAUCAAGAAUAGUCUAAAUGAUGGAUGUUAUGCCCAAGUGGAGGGGUUUGUGCUUGAUAUGAACAACAUCUAUCAAGAUCCUAAGCACAAUGACUCAGACCUAACAGAAGAGGAAUUUAAGAAGAAUUUCAAAAAAGUCUUUGCUAUUCAGUAAACAAAUCAGAACAGUUCACUGGUGUAGUGGAUGCUGUUGAUACCCUGGAAAAUCUCGCUUUCAGGCAUAUUUCUCAUCCCUGCUGUUAUGUGUAUUGACUGCUUAUGCCAUCUCUCCCCAGUGUAUUUCUUUGGGCCAAAUGGAGGCAUAUUCACCUGAAGGUUAAAUCUCUUUGUCCUGGGGGCUGGUUCCCAGCACCAAAGAUGAACCAACCAUGUGGAGUGAUUCAUGUUCCUGUGCUCCUCAGGGAAUCAGCCUAGAGCUAGUCUUCAGCUAUGACCACAUCCUUGCUUAGCAUUUCCCAGCACAGUGUCCUGCCUCCCUUAUCCCUUCUCCUCCCGAGAAAAUUCUCACAAUAAAUCACUGACUAAAGAG